AUUUUACUGGGCGACAUGAAUAUCAUGACCUUAUUAUCGCUUGUGGUUGACGGGAGCAGGGUUGGGCGCGCCCGUGUGUGCGCAGACAGCUUGACUUUUUUUGUUCACUACGGCCUCAACUUUCCGUUGGACGCCCGACAGCUCCAGACCGCUGCCACGGCGCACGGUGAUGAUGUGCUGUCCAGACAAAAAAGGCACUGGGUCCCGCCGCCGAAACCUCUCAAGGAAAACACGAACUACGCCAAUGAAGAAUAUGUGGCCAAAAUCCACUCGGACUUCGAUGAUGGCAUGGGUAACCUGGCGUACUCCCUGGAGGGCGUGGGUGCCAACCAGUACCCCUUCCACCUGUUUGUGGUGAACCCCAAAACGGGAUACAUUAAGCUGACCAAAAUGCUCGACAGGGAGGAGAUCAGCGUGUACAAUCUGUCGGGCGUGGCGACCUACACGGACGGCCGGCAGGCGGAGAAAAACAUCGACAUCCGCUUCCGGGUGGUGGACGAGAACGACAACUCUCCGAUCUUUGACGUGAUCCCGGCCGGCUCGGUGUACGAGCGCAGCGCCGUAGGGACGUCUGUCAUGAAGAUCACAGCGACGGACGCCGACGAGCCCGGAAAUCCCAACUCGCAGAUCGCGUACAGCCUGGUCGCUCAAGAACCGGAGGACGACAUGUUCUACAUGGAGAGCGACGGCACCGUCUACGUCAAAAGGAUCAACUUGGACAGAGAGAAAUCAGAGCAGUACACGCUUACGGUAAAAGGUCAGGACCUCAACGGCGCGCCGGGCGGGAACAGCGCCACCGGCACCGCGGUCGUGGAACUACACGAUGUCAACGACAACCUCCCCACCCUGGAACACAGCACGUACGAGGGCAGCAUUGUGGAGAACACGCAGGGCGUGGAGGUCUUGCGGAUCAAAGCUGAAGACUUGGACCUGAAGGACUCGGAAAACUGGCAAAGUGUCUUUAAGAUCGUCAAGGGCAACGAGGCGCAGUACUUCAGCAUGAUCACCGACUCCAAGACCAACGAGGGCGUCCUCAUGCUCAAUAAGGCUGUGGAUUAUGAGGAUGUGAAGAACCUGGACCUGGGUAUCGCCGUGCUGAACCUGGCUCCACCUUUUGACUCAUCCGCUGCACCCACAGCAAACAUAGGUUUUGGUGAUGGAGGAGGAGGAGGUGAAGGAGGAGGAGGAGGAGGUGGAGGAGGAGGAGGAGGAGGAGGAGGAAGCAGCAGCACGAGUUGGUUCGAAGGUUUCAGCAGCGGCAUGACGAGUACGUCUGGAGGAGUGAGUUGGAAAGGCACCACGUACAAAACCUAUCCCAUCAAAAUCAACGUCAAGAACCAGCGUGAGGGUCCGCAUUUUGACCCCAAAGUCAAAGUGAUCACUAUGUCGGAGGGAGGCAGCUCCACCUUCGACAAGAACAUCAUCAUCACUCGGUACGCCGCGCUGGACGGCGACACCGGGAAACCGGCCGAGAACGUCAGGUACAUUAAAGGUUUGGAUCCUGACAACUGGCUCACCAUCGACCCGAAGACCGCCGAUAUCAGACUGAACAAGAUGCCCGACCGAGAGUCCACUUUGUUGGUGAAUGGGACCUACUACGCGAAAGUACUCUGCAUUUCUGAAGAUGCACCAUCGAGCACCGCCACCGGGACAGUGGCCAUCCAGGUGGAAGACUUCAACGACCACUGUCCCACCCUGACCAGCACCCUCCAGACUCUGUGCAUUCCCGACGAUACCGUCAUCGUCACCGCUGUCGACGAAGAUGACUUCCCCAAUGGUGCUCCUUUCACCUUUGAAAUCAUCCCAGAGGGCACGAAGGGAAAAUGGCAGGUGGAGCAUCUCAAUGAUACUGCAGCCAUCCUGAGGGCUCAGAACUCCUUAUGGCCUGGUCGCCACGAGGUGGAAUUAUUGGUGAAGGACGAGCAGGGGGUGGCGUGCCCGGAGCCGCAGAAGGUGCCGGUCCAGGUGUGCACUUGCGAGGACGGAGUGAGUUGCGGAAGCCGAGGCGGAAGAGGUCAGCCCAACAAGAGCUCCGCGUUAGGACCCGCGGGCAUCGGACUGCUGCUACUGGGUCUGCUGCUGCUACUACUCUUCCUUCUCCUGUUGCUCUUCUGCCAAUGCGGUGCAGCUGCAUGCCCACCAGGAAACUUUACCGAGCUGCCUUUUGACACCAAAUCGCACCUCAUUAAUUAUCGCACCGAGGGCCAAGGAGAGAACGCGGUGGUGCCGCUCAUGACCGUGCCGACGCAAGUGGACACUGUGGACGUCUCGAAAAAUGACCCUGCGAUUUUCACCUCCAUGGAUACGAUGAACAUGAACGGCUUUCAGGAGGACUUUUCGGGUAUCAAAAGAGAUACCACGAUAGGAAUGAGGAAUAAUCGAAGGUUUCACUGGGAGUUCCAAAGAAAGUCAGGAGCGGCUUACGACGACAUCGGUCUGCCACAACAUAUCCUCGCACAGUACUACGCUCAGAGGAUGAGCAGCGGAGGAGAGGACCUGGCAGUGAAGGACGCGCUCUUGGUGUACGACAAUGAGGGCCAAGGCUCCUUGGCCGGCUCAGUGGGCUGCUGCAGCCUCCUGGAGAAUGACAACGACCUGCAGUUCCUCGACAACCUCGGCCCCAAGUUCAAGACCCUGGCGGAGGUGUGCGGUGGCAAGAAGAUCCAGUCAGACGUCCCUCCGCCGCCCAUAAAGGUCGUGAUUGAACCGAUGCCUGAACUGCCCAUGCCCAAGCUGCCACCAGUUGUCCCCAAAGUUGACCAGACUGUGACUGAGGUGGUAAAGGAAAAUACGACUACGCGGAAACAAGGGAGGACCACAGUGAUCGAAGGGGUGGAAAACCCAAGCCAAAUGUUCCUGCUCCAGCAGCAGCAGCCAGUAUACUACACUGCCGCCGCCCCUAUGUUGCAGCCCAUGCAGUACGUGGUCCAGCCACAAGUCCAGAACACCAUGCUCCUGGCUGAGGCCCCAGCUACAAACCUCCAGGGCAUGAUGAUGACGGCUCCGCAAGGCAUGCUAGUGCAAGGACAAACGGUGGUGUCCAGCAGACAAGGCCAGGCCCCUGGUGUGGUGCUGGUUUCAGGUACCCAAGGAUCACCUACACAAGGCAUGAUAGUCCAAGGACAGACGAUGCUAUCCGGAGGACAAGCCCAGGGCCCUGGCCUGGUGUUGGUUACUGGUAACCGGGGGUCAUCUACACAAGGCACGCUAGUCCAAGGAAAGGUGGUUUCCAGGAAACAAGCCCAAGGUCCUGGCCUGAUGCUGGUGACUGGCACGCAAGCAGGAAUGUUACCAAGUGUGACACUUCAGGGAAAAUCCUCAGUAGCCAGCGGACAAGUCCAAGUCCCCCAGAGUGGUACUGACAACCUGAUCAAUGCUGGGACCCUCUCAAGCUCCCAGACCAUAAUAGAGAGCAACGUCCCUGCGGGGAAAGUGCUGAGGACGAGCCAAACUUCCAUCAAACAAGGCGGCAUCCGACUCCCAGACCUCGGCUUGCCCCAGAUGAGCAACAUCCCUGGAGUUCAGAGCACAGCAAUGACGUCAUCCAGCACCGGUGUGAGCAGAGUCCCGACAUACCGCAAGGUGGUGGUACAAGAAGAGAAGCUCACUGAACUGUGACACGGGGCAAAUGACUCUUGAAAGCAACUUCCGUCAAGGCACUUCCUCGAGUAUUUUGUUACCGUUUCGGUUUUAUGGGUGGUGGAUGUUCUGCAGCAGCCUUGCUUCGGAGCGAAGUUACAUGUAGCUGCACGUUCAUGCUAUACGACUCCUAUCUGACAUACACGUUACGCUGGUUCUUGACCAGCCUCAGUAGAAGGUGGAGACCCUAGCGGACACUCCAUGGAGAUCCCACAGUAGGUUUGACCAGAAAUGGACACCACAGCGCUCAUGUUCCAGUAUGUUCUUCUGGGGUUCCCCCCAAAGUCAGCUAAGUGCUCAAGUAUCUCCUUGAUGGAUAUGUUGACUUCACCUUCAUGUAUCUGUGAGGAACCAACAAAUAAGACUCUUCGUUAGCACUCAUAACCAACCUAAUCAACUGUCUAUGCUUUUGGUUUUGCCAACUUUAUUUUUGUGGACUUUCUGGACAAAAGUGUUGCAACACCUGACCAUUACAUCGACAGGAAGUCUGCUGCUUUGCUGGGGAGACUUAAAGGAGACAUAUUACGCAUUUUCUUUCCAAAUGUAACAGUUCCCAUCUGUCUUAAUAACACAACUCCGACAUGCCUUUGCCAAAAUACCCCCCAAAUCAAGUACUACAGGUCACUUACCACCCUAUUUUUUGUCCUGCUGAACUUAGCCUGUUUUGAGGGGGCGGCCCUGAAUCAUGCAUGUGAGCCACUGCUCGCCCCAGUUACCAUCCAUCCAUUUUUCGUUCCGCUUCUCCUCACAAGGGUCGCGGGCGUGCUGCAGCCUCCCCCAGCAUUCUUCGGGCGAGAUGGCGGGAUACGCCCUGAACUUGUUGCCAGCCAAUCGCAGGGCACAUAGAAAAAAACCAUUACAACUAAAUACGGCUGAAUCGAAAAAAAGAACACCACCCCCACAGAAAAAGAUAUUUUCCCUGGUGGAGGCAGCACUUGCAUUCUUCUAAGUGGCUUAUGCAGCGGAGACAUCGCCAACCACAAAUACAACGUCCAUGUGGGGUAUUUUGUAUUCAGGGUUUGGUCUUUCUAGAAUCUGAAGACUGUAAAUAUUCUGCUGACAGGUGAGCAAACUUGGCUAUGGAUGUACAGUAUACAUGGAUGUAAGGAUACUUGCGAAUGUGUAUUGCACGCACCAGGGUAGGAUCAUUGUAUGUUUUUUUUGUAUGUCAGGAGACGGUUUUGAUGGAUUAUUUUUUGGGGGUAACAGCAGUUCUUCUUUCUGAAUGAUUUGAAGAUGUUUUUUUUAUGGCUAAAUAAAAAGACGAGGCGGCGCGAUUCAAA